GUUAACCUGAGUGUUCCUUUUAUGCCCAGAUAUCCCUCAACUAAUAAACUUGAUGCACUCAGGAUCCUUGGUCAGUGCUUGUUUAGGCUUGAUAAAUUCAAGGCUUUGGUCAAAUUCAGUGUUGCAUUAAUCCUACCAAGGAAUCCGUGGAUUCUUGUAGGUCAUGCUCUGAGGAUUGCCUGGAACAUGCUCUUGUUUAGGCCUGAUAAUGUAAAACACUUGGUCAACUCUUGUGUUCCUUUCGUGCAAAGAAAUCCCUCCAUUAAUCUAGUUGAUGCACUGAGGAUUGCUUAUGGGGAUGAUUACUACAUCUGCAAAUUCCAGAUACCAGGUGAAAUUGAGGCUGAACUAGAUCGGAUGGGUGUUGAAAACUUCAUGAAGAGGAUGCUCACAUAUCGCACUCCGGGUCCACUGUUUUUCCCCAAUGAUAAAGGGUUUGUUGGUGGCGGAUCGCCCGAUCCCGAUACUCGGGUGGACUUGCCGUCUUGGUUAAAUGAGGAAGAUGUUGCUUAUUACGUCAGUAAAUUUGAGAAGACAGGCUUCACUGGAGGAAUCAAUUAUUACCGCGCUCUCAAUCUUACAUGGCAACUUACAGCAGCUUGGAAUGGGGCUGAAGCAAAAAUACCAGCCAAAUUUGUUAUUGGGGAUUUGGAUUUGGUGUACCAUAUGCCAGGAAUUCAAGACUAUAUACACAAGGGCGGAUUUAAAAGUGAUGUACCCUUGUUGAAGGAAGUUGUCGUAAUAAAAGAUGCAGCACAUUUUAUUAACCAAGAAAUACCUGAUGAGAUUAACAAACACAUCUACGACUUCAUUCGGCAGUUCUGAGCUUCUCUCCUUCUACAGUAGAAUCAUCAGUAUGCAUUGAUCUCCAGUUCAGCAUGAGGAAUAUGUUUCCUUACAUUUCCCCGCUUUUCCGAG